GACGCGACUGGAAGCGGUUCUUCCGUGAACAGAAGCGAGCCUGAGGCUCGGCUGUGGCGCGGCCCGUGUCCCCCGGCUGCCGGAGCCCGGUUCCUCACACUUGCCUCCGCCAAUUAUCCUCUCUCCUCGCCCGCCUUCCGCGGCCCACGGGUUCUGAUGGCGAAGGCCGCGCUGGUGGACCCGGCGCAGGGGCAGGUGACCUUCGAGGACGUGUUUGUGCACUUCUCCCAGGAGGAGUGGGGGCUCCUUGAUGAGGCUCAGAGGCUCCUGUACCGCGAUGUGAUGCUGGAGAACUUGGCACUCACUGACUCUCUGGGAUACGCAUUUUCCAUGUCCUGUGGGGUGGCCCCACUGGAGCUGUGCAACGAAUCCUGGCUAUCAGACUGGCCACACACGGCUCCAGCCUUGACCAGAGAGGCUCAGGGUGGGUGUGACCCUGGUUCUUGGCGUGGAAUGGAGGAUGAGAAGAUAAUGUUUAAUCAGAGGGUCUCUACAGAACAAGUGUCACAAGCCAGGACUCCCAAGGCAGGCCCUUCUACCCAGAAAACCUGCUCCUAUGAGUCAUGUGGAUCGGUCUUGAAAGACCUUCUGCACUUGGCUGAGCACCAAGAAACACAACCUGGGCAGAAACCAGGUGGGAAACAAUUCUGGUUCAAUGCAGAACUUCACCACCAGAAACAGCACAGGGGAGAGAAACCCCUCAAAAGAGACGAGGGACAGGCCUUUCUUGUGAAUAGCUGCCCUGUCCAGCCAUUAGAAAUGCCCUUUAUGACUGGGGAGGGUUGUAAGAACUUCUCAGCUAACUCAGGCAUUUUCCGGCACCAUGCGCCUCGCAGUGAGUGGAAGUCACACAGUGGACAAAGGCAUUAUGAGUGCGGCGAAUGUGGGAAAACCUUCAACCGCAAAGACUCUCUUGUCCAGCACCAGAGAGUCCACACUGGAGAGAGGCCGUACGAGUGCAGUGAGUGUGGGAAAACCUUCAGCCGCAAACCCAUACUUGCUCAGCACCAGCGAAUCCACACUGGAGAAAUGCCCUACGAGUGUGGCGUAUGUGGGAAAGUGUUUAAUCACAGCUCCAACCUUAUUGUACACCAGAGAGUUCACACUGGAGCAAGGCCUUACAAAUGCAGUGAGUGUGGGAAAGCCUACAGCCACAAAUCAACACUUGUUCAGCAUGAGAGCAUCCACACCGGAGAAAGGCCUUACGAGUGCAGCGAAUGUGGGAAGUAUUUCGGUCACAAAUACAGACUCAUUAAACAUUGGAGUGUUCACACUGGUGCGAGGCCUUACGAGUGCAUAGCCUGUGGGAAAUUCUUUAGCCAAAGUUCCGACCUCAUUGCACACCAGAGGGUCCACAAUGGUGAAAAGCCCUAUGAGUGCAGCGAGUGUGGGAAAGCCUUUAGCCACAAACACGUGCUUGUCCAGCACCAUAGGAUUCACACUGGAGAAAGGCCAUAUAAGUGCAGUGAAUGUGGGAAGGCCUUCAGGCAAAGGGCUUCCCUCAUCCGACACUGGAAAGUUCACACUGGAGAAAGGCCAUAGAAUAGUGGGACAUGCCAUUUCCUUGUUCACCAGUGAGAAGCUCUGUGAGUCACCUUUGAGAGUAGCCACCAGCUGGAAGUUGAACCCCAUCCAUCUGAACACCCACCCCAGGGAGAUUCUUCUGAGGGCCUGCUCCGUGGGAAGCUUUUCGGAGCAACGUUGCACUUUUUCCCAGGACCCCUGCCAGAAUUCCACCACUACCAAUAUAUCUGAAAGAAGCCAUCACCCUAUUGAAUGGCAGGGUCCAACGUUGUGCACAUAUUACCCCAACAAGCUCUGUUAGGCACAACUGUGCUGUUCCUCAUUUUCCUACAGGGAAUCCUCAACAUCCUGAGCCCAUUGAUCCUAUUCCUUCCUCCUGCCAGCUGGUUUAAGCAUAGGCAUGGCCUAGUUUCAGCCACAAGGAUGCAAAUUUUGUUUGCUGGCCACUUACAGAGCAGGUUUCCAGCUUUUGUGGACUUUGUUGGGGCUGUGUGGCACUCAUCAUGGGCCUGUCCUUCCUCCAAGUCCCCUAAAUUGGGAAUUGCCUGCCCCAGUAUUCUGGUUUUGCAGAGAACGCCUUAGUUUUUUAAACCACCUUUAAUCUUGGGAGUUCAGUUUCCUUUAUGGUCUGGGUGGAGGACAGAAGUGUUCUCAGCCAGCAUGAAGGGAUGGACAGCUUUUGGAAGUGCUCUCUGUGUUGUGAGCUCAACAGCAGACACAACAGCUCUCAUUCUAGUUUCCGCCUAACUUGCAUUGCUGCCCAAGGCUUCUAGGGAAGAACACUGGUCUGCAUGGGCCUAACCUUGUGUCCUGUAUGCCAAGAUUAUCUGCGAAACUGUGAGGCUUGGGCAUUUGUUGUGACAACCUCUGGGAACAGCAUGUGUUGGGUCCCUUGUUCCCAGGGGAUGUCCCAUAUUUUCUAGCCCUCUUGAGGAGAAUUCGACCCCCUCAGGCCUGCUAACAUCCCUAAAAUCUUAUAUUCAGUAGGCAAAUGUCGCUGUCCCCUAAAAGACCAGGUAGGAAGCAUUAAUUGGUACAAAGACACUGGUUAAUAGGGAGUUGGAGGACUGGGGAUAUAAGUUCUAAAGGUGUAUCCACAAACGUUUCCUUCACUAUGGCAUUGGUAUGAGGGUUUACAGAUAUUCUCAGGGCUCCCAUAUUUGUGUGUCUGUUAUGGCUGUGGUCACUAUCAGAGAAAUCAAACAUUUUCUGCAAUAAACUCUAUUUAUAGUGUACAGUUUGAUAAGGUCCAAUGCAUUUGCACCUGUGAAACCAGGUUUCCUGAUUCCCAUUGUAAUCCCUCUCCUCUUGACCCAUU